CAACGUGUGAAUAUUUGACUGGCUGUCAAUGCAUAGUCUUGCCAUCUUAUAGAACCAAGUGAUUUAUUGCUGACCGCGUGUAAUCGUUUGCGUCAUCAUACUGCGUUCAUAUCCAUGUAAUAAUAAAUCAGGAAAAGCUACUUGCACUAAAAUAAGUGUAAUUGUGUUCUGAAUCAAGUUGUCGUAGUGUAGUUAGAUAAAUAUUUACAGCGUUAUUUGUUGCCAAAGCAAUACACAGCUUAUUUGUAUGCUGAUGUCGCUGGAGCAUUACCCGGUUUGGCGUCUCUCUCUGUGGGAUACGAUUCACGUUGGUGAUCAUUAAUCGUCACUUAUUAGAUCGACGUCCGCUACUCUGUCGCAAUUCGUGUGUUUAUAGGCUUGUUCGUCAUCGGUUUCGUUAGAAGUCAAGCGAUUUUAAUUACCAUGACGACAAAAAUGAUCCUUCUGUUUGACGUUGACGGCACAUUGACCAAGCCGCGAAGUGUUAUUACGCCCGUGAUGCAGGCCUUUCUCAAAGAAAUUAACAAGAAAGUGCCUAUUGGCCUGGUGGGAGGAUCGGACAUGGCCAAAAUCGAAGAACAGAUGGGUACAUGCAUAGAAAAGUUUGAAUACGUUUUUUCAGAGAACGGGCUAAUCGCUUUCAAGAAAGGAAAACAAAUUACUGAUCAAAGCUUGCUGAAAUUUGCCGGAGAAGAAAAAUUGCAGAAGAUCAUAAACUUCUCUCUGAGGUACCUUUCUGAACUAGAACUUCCGCAUAAGCGCGGAACGUUCAUUGAAUUCCGCAAGGGAAUGCUUAACGUGUGUCCAGCGGGUAGAAACGUCAAUCAAGAAGAACGGGAUCACUUUGUUCAAUACGAUAAAGAGCACAAUGUUCGUGCAAAGAUGAUUGAUGCGCUAAAAGAAAACUUUAAGGAUUCGGAAAUGACCUUUGCUAUUGGAGGACAGAUUUCUAUCGACGUGUUUCCUAUUGGUUGGGACAAGACAUACUGCCUGAAAACUCUUGUGGAUGAAGGUUUUACUGAAAUACAUUUUUUUGGAGACAAAACCGCAUUUGGCGGCAACGAUUAUGAAAUAUUCAAUGACCCGCGCACUCAAGGCCACACAGUUGCGGAUCCCGACGACACAAUGAAGCAAGUCAAGGCUAUCUUAGGCAUUUAGUAGAUCUUCUGGACAGUGUCCUC